UCAAAUAGUUUUGAAUUAUGGCUGUGGUGUAGCGUGGGUUAUGAUAGACACUGGGACGUUUAUAUGUCGACCACAGUUGACCAGACAAACACCGGGCAGACUGGACAUCUCAGUUGAGAGACUGAUCUCGUUGAAAGCACUUAGUCGAGCGAUUUCAUCCGCCUGUGAACCUGUGACUUAUCGUAAGUGUGUUUCCCUCUGAUGUUGCCGCCAUUGCAGUGGGUCAUGACUGUAUAGUUAUCUCCAACCGGACUCUAUAUUUCAAUGUAUGUGUUGUGCUGUGCCAGAUAACGGAACUGCGAAGGACAGGUGCCGUGUACUUUUAGCAAGGAAAUAGAGCGUUGCCUUUUUUAUUCGUACCUACGUAAAGAUUACUUCGAAUCGGCAAUUUUUAAAAACUCAAAGCCAGGACUCGUAACAAGGAGGAUACUAGUGCUAAGUUGUUUUGAUGCUGUUUUACGCCUAGACACGCAAGGAUCUGUACCGUCUUUCCGUAGGCCAACAUGGUUUCUGUGCAGUACGAACAACCGACGACCAUGCUUCCUAGUCACUAUCACGGAGCCCCGCAGAGCUCUUUUGGGCUCGCACCAUUCUGUUACACACCUCAUCAACCGCCACCACAGACUCAGUACCAGGAUUUUACUUACAGUCAGUAUCAGGUCCCUCAAUCCUUAGGGACGACAUCACAACUCCCGGACUCAUUAUCUUUGAAUUCUUAUUCCUCGUUCAGUCAUCAGCCAUCUCAGCCAGUGUGGACACCUCUGGCUUCAGCUUCAAAUUAUUCACCUCCCCAGACAACACGGACGGGAACUACCUCUUCAAACUGUGUGGACUGGAGUCAGAGCUAUUCCUCUCAGUCACCAAGUGCUCACAAUCUUGGGGGUUAUUCUGGCAAUCCGCGUGUGCCAUGUUCCUCUGUGACAAGUGUGCUCUCGCAUUCUCCGAACACUGGUAUCCACGUUGUGACCGAGCAACCCAUGACUGGACCACCAUCGUUACCGGGGUCCCCGCAGUCAGGCAUCAUCACAUCAACCCAUUCCCCUGGGGGAGUUGUCCAACCUCCAUGUCCCAAACCAUGUCAGCCACAGCCUUGUCCAAAUAUGCCACGAGAACCCUACGACUGGAUGCGAAGACAAGACUACCCACCAACGCCUCCAGAAGCACCUAAUAAAUGCUCUACGACGAUGGAGAAUCCAAGAUGGUGGGAAGCAAUGCAUUGUGGGAACGAUAGGGCCGGCCAGCUAGAAGAUGAGUCCAUUCCCAGUCACGGGAAAACCCGCACCAAAGAUAAGUACCGUGUGGUCUACAGCGACAGGCAAAGACUAGAACUCGAAAAGGAAUUCCACUACAGCCGAUACAUCACGAUAAAUAGAAAAGCCGAACUGGCAAAAUCACUAGACCUGACGGAACGACAAAUAAAAAUCUGGUUUCAGAACAGGCGAGCAAAGGAGCGGAAAAUUAAUAAAAAGAAAGACGUGAUGGUAAAAGAUCCGAAAGAGACGAGCCAUGACAGUGACAUGGACUCAAAUUCACCUUUAUCAUUUGGAAUGGUGGCGUCAUCAGCUACGCAUGCGUCGUCAGCUGCGUCAUCAGCACCAGUGGUUCAAAAAACUGCUUCCUUGGAUUUAUUGACGAGUAUGUCAACUCCGAUUGCGUACAGUUUGGAUGGUAUGUCGUGUCAGCCAUUGGUAAAACAUGAACUUCGGCGCUGAUAUUGUGAAGAUGUAUUUACAGUGCCAUAUCUUGCAUAAACUGCGUGUCCGAUGUCGUGCUAAAGCUGGGAGCACACCGAGGUAAAUGUCUGCAAUAUAUAAAAAUACAUCUAAUAUUUUAUUUCGUUUACAUUAUGUCGUCUUAGAUUCAGACGACACACAAUCACACAUACUAACAUUAAACAAACACUUCUAUAAAACUCUGAUCUCAAAGAACUCUAUGACGAGAAAUCACAGACAUUUACCUGUGGGUGAUACCUGCUUUUAAUGCAUUUAUGGUGCAGAUUAUAAGUAUGUACAUCACAGGACAAAUCGAAAUCCUUGUGACGUAAAACACGCUGCUCGAUGGCGGCCAUCUUGUUGUACUGCUGACCUCGUUGACACGUGUUGUCAAGCCAAAAGGUGGCGCGAUGCUAUCAAGCCUUUUUUAUGACCAGUCCGGCCAGGAUAUCGCACUGGCAAUUUGAAAGCGAUUAUGACACACGUCUUCGUCUCUUAAUCUACCUCCGAGCAGCUGAUAUGAUAUCCAUACUUUCAUACUGCUUUGAUAAGUCUUCUUUAUUCGCCUUGUAAAUACUAGCAAUCAUGAAGGAGACUGUAACAUUGCCACGAUUUGUACAACAACUGCAUGCUUUAAUCGGGAACUGCAAUGAAUUUGUCUGUGCAAUUAUUUGAUACAUAUAUCAUCAUAUUGUACUGUCCCAUGUUGGGAAAUCAGUUUAGUCAGAAUUUAGGAAUAGUGUUUCGUGACUUUAUAAGAAGAAUACUGCUGAA